AUGGAGGGAAAAGCAAAUGGUUACGCGCUGGAGACUGAAUUGAUUGAAAUGCUUAAUGGAGCGGUUGUUCCAGAAAUGUCUGGAAUCCACGAACAAUGCAUCUACAAAGUACUUCCAAGAAUUCGCCAAGUUAAUCCACAAGCUUAUACACCUCAAAUUAUUUCGAUUGGUCCUUUUCACAAUCCACAUGGUUCAACUAGUGACAACAUUCUGCACCAAAUGGAAGAACUCAAACUCAAAUAUCUAAAAAGGUUUCUAAAUAGAACAAAGUUAUCUGUGGGUGAUUUAGUUUUCAAAUUUCAAGAGUGGGAAAAUAGUAUCAGAAGUUGUUAUGCAGGGAUUUUUAGCUUUAACAGCAAUGAUUUCUUAAAAAUCAUUAUCAUUGAUGCAUGCUUCAUAAUUGAACUUUUUCUUAAGUUCUAUGAAUAUCCAAAUUGGACGGAAAAUGACCCUAUAUUAGUAAAACCUGGGUUACGUAAUGACGUUGCACGUGACUUAAUGCUCCUUGAAAAUCAGUUACCAUUUUUUGUUCUUGAAGAGAUAUACAAAUUAGCUAGUAUAAACCUUGAAUUUCCUUCAUUACUUACAAUUACUAUACAUUAUUUUACAUCAUUCAACCUGCAGAAAAUAAAUCCAGUGGUUUGUCCAACUCCAAAACACUUUGUAGAUCUUCUAAGAACAUUUUUGAUGCCAACACUGCCAUGGACAUUUGAUUCUCUACCAGAAGAAAUAAUUGGACAAGUAAACAGUGUGAGUCAAUUAUCAGAAGCAGGAUUAAAAUUUGAAGUAAGUGAAAGUAAAUGCUUAGUUGACUUGAAUUUUGAUGAUAAGGGUGUGUUGAAAAUGCCAUGCUUUCAUGUCGAUGAUGGAACAGAGUCACUCAUGAGGAAUAUAAUAGCAUUUGAAGAAAGUCACUUUUCAUAUCAAGAUUCACGUUAUAUUUGUCAGUACAUGAGUAUGUUAGAUUUUCUUAUUAACACAGAAAAAGACGUGAGCAUCUUGGUUAACAAGAAAAUUAUUGUGAAUGGAAUGGGUGAUGCUAAUGCAGUGGCUGAAAUGGUUAGCAAUCUUGCCAAAAAUGUUAUACUACCUCGACUCAAUUCAAAAUAUUUGUCUGUAUGUCAUAGGUUAAAUUGUUUCUAUGAAAACCCUCUCAAUAAGUAUAAAGCUAUAUUUGUACAUGAGUACUUCAACACUCCUUGGAAAAUAGCAUCUACUCUAGCUGCUGUAUUGCUGCUUUUGUUUACUUUUAUCCAGACUGUAUGUUCAAUCUGCUCACUUUGA